UCCCACCCAUGUUUCAUUUCCUUCCUUCUCUGUCCCAGAUCAUCUGCCUGGACCUCUCGGAGGAAAUGUCCCACCCGAGGCUGGAGUCCUUCAACGGGCUGAAGACCAACGCCCUCAACAUCUCCCAGAAGAUGAUCGAGAUGUUUGUCCGCACCAAGCACAAGAUCGACAAGAGCCACGAGUUUGCACUGGUGGUGGUGAACAACGAUGUCACUUGGCUCUCCGGCUUCACCUCCGAGCCCAGAGAGGUCUGCAGCUGCUUGUACGACCUGAAGACCAUCCCGUGCAAAUCCUUCAAUCUGGAAGGGCUUUUCAAUCUGAUACAGCAGAAGACGGAGCUCCCGGUGACGGAGAACAUCCAGACCAUCCCUCCCCCCUACGUGGUCAGGACCAUCUUGGUCUACAGCCGUCCUGCUUGCCAGCCGCCCGUGGUGGUGACCGACCAGAUGAAGAAAAUGCUCCAGUGCCCUUACUUCUUCUUCGAUGUGCUCUACAUCCACAACGGGGCUGAGGACAAGGAGGAGGAGGUCACCUGGAAGGAGACGUUUGCCGCCUUCAGCAACCUGGACGCCAAGGGCACCAAUUACAAGUACGAGGUCUCCCUCAGCGGCCCAGCUGUGGAGCUGCACAACUGCAUGGCCAAGCUGCUGGCCCACCCGCUCCAGCGGCCCUUCCAGACCCACGCCUCCUACAGCAUGCUGGAGGAGGAGGAGGAGGAGGAGGAAGAGGCGGCGGCGCCAGAGAUGGAGGCUGUGGUGUGACCCGCCUGGUUGCAUCGUGGGGGGCGGGGGGGGGACCGGGGAAUA